AUGAGACUCCUAAUCGUAAUCUUAUCGAGCUUUUGAGGAAUGCCUCAGACGAAUGCUUCUCAAUUCAUUUCAGUUACAUUUAGAAUGCAGACCGGAGUACAACUAACUUUGUUAUUGACCCUCACAAUAGCAGCGGUCCAUGGAGAGACUGGAUUUUUCCUGAGCACACGCCGCGUCCAGGAAAAUCCGCAGCAAGUCGAGGCGAAGGUGGAGGCUCUGGUAAGGAGCUCCUUCUAUGCCGCAGAUCCGGCAGUGUUGGCCAUUCCCCGCUGGCUUGGCAACAUUUCCUCGCCGGAGAUCUCCGCGGUGAUUUCCGCCCGACUUCAGCAGCAGGAGAGCAAUAUAUUCAGUGUGGAUCUAACCGAGGCCAGUGAUGAAACAGAGAUCAUCGACAGCGUGGCCAGCUUGGUGAUCGUUCUUAACAAUCAAUUCGAUGUGCCACUCGAUCGCAUUCUGGUCGUGGGUUUCGCCGAGGGCGUCCACUUGGCAGGUGGAGUGGCUGCCAAGGUGCAGCAGGAACUGGGUCGUCAGUUAUCCCAGAUUACAGCCCUUGAUCCUUCCGCCGGCGAAGAACUUGACCACAAGCUAUCCCGAGCCGAUGCUGAGUUCGUGGAGGUGGUGCACACAAAUGCCGGAGGAGAGGGCACGUGGGAGCAACUGGGCCAUGUGGACUACUAUCCCAACGGAGGACAAUCACAGCCUGGCUGCUCCACGGACUCCUGUUCGCACGAGAGAGCCUUCGAGCUGCUCGCCGAGAUGUGGUCGCCUGAGAAUGACUUUGUGAGCGCCCGCUGUGGUUCAGUGGAGUCCUUAGGCGCCUCCAGCUGCCGCUGGUCCACCCACAAAAUGGGCCAGAAAGGGGAGGAGCAGCCUGCCUCGGGCAUCUAUUUCCUGGAGACUCGACAGUCCUCACCCUUCUCCCGUGGAGCCUACUUCAUAAGCUUCCUGUGAGCAGCGGAUCCAAUAAAAAAGCCAAACGAAUAAAGGAAACA